AUGACAACGGCACGCAUGACCAGCAGCCGGGUGCACCAGCUCCCAGGCAAACUCCUCGUCGCGGAGCUCUUCUUCGAAGUGCCCCUCGACUACGCCGACCCGACCGGCCCCAAGAUCCAGCUCUUCGCCCGCGCCGCCACCCGCUACGAGCGGCCCAUCGUCCCGGCCUACGCGGGCACCCCCGCCGAGGCCGGCUUCGCCAGGGUCUUCGACGGCAAGCGGCCCUGGCUGGCCUACCUCGAGGGCGGGCCGGGCGUCGGCCACCGCGAGCCGCAGGACCACCCGCUGACGAACCCGCUCCUGGACCGCGGCUACGACGUCCUCUAUCUCGACUACCGCGGCACGGGCAUGUCGACGCCCAUCAGCGCCGCCAGCCUGCGCCGCGUCGCCGCCGCGGCCCAGGCCCAGGCCGACUACGUCAAGCACUUCCGCGCCGACAACAACGUGCGCGACUGCGAGGCCGUCCGCCGCUGCCUGACCGCCGACCUGGCGGCGCCCAGGGGCGACGGCGACGGCGAGGACCGCAGGAAGUGGUCCACCUUCGGCCAGUCCUACGGCGGCUUCGUCACGCUGACCUACCUGUCCCUCGCGCCCGAGGGCCUGCGCGAGUGCUUCAUGACCGGCGGGCUCGCCCCGCUCGGCAGGACGGCCGAGCAGGUCUACGCCCAGACCUACGGGCGCGUCGACGAGCGCAACGCGGCCUACUUCUCCAAGUACCCGGAGGACGUCGACACCCUGAGCAGGCUGUCGUCGCACAUCCUGCGCGAGCACGGCGGGGCCAUCCCCCUGCCCGCGGGCGGCCGGCUCACGGUCCGGCGCCUCUUCACGCUGGGCCAGACCUUCGGCGCCCACGGCGGCCUCGACGCCGUGCACGCCCUGCUGCUGCGCAUGCGUGCCGACCUCGACCAGCACGGCCUCAUCGCCCGGCCCGCGCUGUCCGCCUUCGAGCGCUUCCUCGCCUACGACGACUGCCCCUUCUACGCCUUCAUGCAGGAGGUCAUCUACUGCUACGGCCCCGGCGUGUCCUCCGACUGGGCCGCCGACCGCGUCGGCCGCACCCUCGACCGCUACCGCUGGCUCUCGGACCCGGCGGCGGCGGCGGACCCGGCGCAGUACCCGCUGCACUUCGCCGGCGAGAUGAUGUACCCCUUCAUGUUCGACGACUACCCGGAGCUGCGCGAGCUGCGCGAGGUGGCCGACAUCCUCGCCCGGCACGACGGCUGGCCCCGGCUGUACGACGAGGCGCGGCUCGCGCGCAACGAGGUGCCCGUGUACGCCGCCAGCUUCGACGACAUGUACGUCGACAUGGAGUUUGCGCGCGAGGUCGCCCGCAAGGUGAAGGGCAUCCGCGUGCUCGAGACCAACGUCAUGUACCACAACGCGCUGCGGUCCAAGACCGACGAGCUGCUGGCGCAGAUCUUCAAGCUGCGUGACGACGUGAUUGAUUAG